GAUACGUGGCUAGAUACAUUUAUUCCUUAGACACGCUUUUUCUUAAGGCAAAGGUGUUAAAUGUGUGUUAAAUGUUUGCUUACAUUUUGGACGGAUGACAUUUGUAAAAGCAUGGUUUGGGAAAAUUAGGAUGUUCGAAAACUCUUGUGAUAAUUUUUUAUCAUGUAAUUUUUGGAAAGUUAAUUUUAAAGGCUUGGCUGCAAUAAGCUGUCGAGAUCAAGAUGGAUGAAAUGUGGCCCGAUGACGACUAUUCGACCACAUCUGCCAGUCUGCCAUCACUGGACGCGGCCGUGCCGCGCAGAGGCGGUCUGUUGCGACUCUUCUCGAGCCGCGUCUCGGUGCGCUCCGGCGCCGACGUCUCUGAACCGCGCUCCCACCGACGCGCCAGCGACACCAGCUUGUGCCGUGGCUCGCCGCCCUCGUCCGCGACCGACUCGACCGAGGGCCGCAGCUACGUGGGCGUGCUGCGCCGCAUCAGCUCGAUCCUGGGAGCCGGCGGCCAGGGCGGGCCGGGCGACAGCGAACUGAAGCAGCACUGGCUGCCGGACGCCGUCAGCCGCGAGUGCUACGACUGCGGCGACAAGUUCACCACGUUCAGACGCCGCCACCACUGCCGCAUCUGCGGACAGAUUUUCUGCUCCCGCUGCUGUAACCAGGUGAUCCCGGGCAAGGUGCUCGGCUAUAGCGGUGACCUGCGCGUCUGCACCUACUGCUCCAAGGUGGUGAUGACCUACGUCCAGACCAUCACGUCCGGCGCAGACGCCGACGAGCAUGUGGACCAGAAUGCGGUGCUGGAGAAGGUACACGCGCACUUGGAAGCAGCGAACCAACUGAGCAGCGACAGAUCCAGCUCUCUUCCGCGGCUCAGCAAGAUGCACAGGAAAAAGUACAGUCUCGGCAUGACGGAUGCCAGUCUCCGUGACCAGGUUGAUCCGCACGAGAGCGUCUCUGACCCUCUGGAGCAGGAGCAGGAUCUGACCUACUUGACCACCUUGCUGCACAUGAUUACAAACCCUAUCCACGGCGUCGGGCUUGGCAACCACCGGCACCGGCUGAAAAACUACGGCGCCUGUCUGGUGGGCUCCGAAGUGGUGGACUGGAUGAUCUCGCAGCGGAAGGUGACGAGGCGUGCUCAGUCCGUGGCCAUCGGACAGC